GGGGCGUGGGUGGCCCUAUGGGUGUCACGGGGUGGGUGACGUCCCCGCUGGCAGCGGCCCCUCGCCCAGCCCCCGCAGGCCCAGCCCAGGUCCGGGACCGUAUCCUGCCACCGCCGCUGUCCCCUCCCGGCCCGGCGUGUGUGAGUGUCCCCCCCCCCGGCGUGUCCCCAACUCGUCCCCACCGCUGCCACCACCUAUGGAGACCCCUGAGGCCACCGGGGCCGUUGUCCCCUCCGAGGUGUCCCCGGAGCUGCUGGAGCCGUUGGUGACUGUGGUGGCCGUGCUGGGCGAGCUGGGAGCCACCCCAGGGGACGUCCCCCUGGCCGGGCCAGCGGGCUCGCUGCGGGCUGGGCUGGUGGCCCUUGUGACCCAAAUCUGCCGGGCCAUGGGCCACCGUCACGGCGAGGCCACCCGCCUCCGUCGUGCUCUGGCCACCACAGGGGACGCCUGGGCCACCGUGGCAACCGUCACCCGCGAGUGGCGGGAGGCGGUGGCAUCGGUGGAGGCCACCUGGGCCACGGUAGCCGGGGACGCCAGCCGCCUGCGGGACGCCUGCAAGACUGUGGCCACCGCGGGGGCCACCACCGGGGUCACCAUGGGCCACCUGAAAGGGGCGCUGGACAAGGAGCACGAGGCGCGCUGGGAUCUGCUGGCGACCACCCGGGCGCUGCCGGUGGCCUCGGAGUUGGCCACACUGGCCGAGGUGGUGACAAGCCACAGGACGCGAGUGGCCGAGGCCAGCGCGGGGCUGCAGGCGGCCACUGAGGCCACCGAGAAGGCGGCGGUGGCAACGGUGGGGAGUGUGGUGGCCAGGGAGCGGGGACGGCGGGCGGAGGUGGCCCAGGACCCCCUGGGACAUUUGGUGGCUGCUUGUCACGGGGCCACCCUCUUCUACUGUCACCUGCGGUGCCGCCUCGAGGCCAUCGAGGCCACCGUGGCCGCUGGACGUGGUGGCCCCGAGCCUCCCGGGGUGGCCCGGGAGGGUCUUGGUGUCCCCGAGGAUCUGGUGGCAGCGGUGGCAGCGGCCGAGGCGCUGUGGGACACUAGCGCCCGCCUGGCCAAGGGCCACCUCCUGGGGACACUGCGGGUGGUCCGGGGGCUGCUGACCACCCUCAGUGUCCCUGAUGCCACCGUGGCCGCCACCGUGGCCCAGCGCUGCCGGGAUGCCACCGCUGCCCUCCCGGAGCUGCUGGCCCGGGCACCGCAGUAGGGGACAAGCGGCUUUGUUGGGGACCACCGACAUCAACACGCCACCGCCGCA